UCCUGCUGGACUUCAUUAAAAAAGGAGGAGAGCGUUCCGGUUCAAGUGAACACAUCAGUCGUGGAGGAUAAGUGGAAAAAAACAGGACCAAAGACGGAGCAGCGUUAAAGCUCACGGACCCAGCUGAUUGAAACACCUGGAACCGUGUGUGCCGGGGCGGCUUCAUGGUGUGUCACCGCGGAGACGUUUGAGUCUGUCGGCGUGGAGAGCUGCGCCAGGUGUUGGCUACUAAGUGUGGGGAAAAUGCCUUUUUUCUCAUGGAGGGUUUGGCCUGCACUUGUGUUACUUGUGUUCCCCUCCACUGUGGCUGCAGAGGAGGUUUCGCUCGUGGACGGCUGGAGCGAUGUCUGGCUCUUCCGCUUCCUCGUCAACAUUCUGGGAUAUGCCACCAUCAUUGUCCCAGGCUACAUCCUCAUUAGCUACUUCAAGCGCUCCAAUUAUGUUGAACGAGGCAGCGGGCUCUGCUAUCCUGUUGUGAAGACCUGCGUGUAUGGUAGCGAGGAUAAAACUGGUCUGUUGGAUGAUGCAUCUGUUACCAGCAGGAACGAGGCUGACUCGGGCUCGUCAGUCAAACAGGCUUUCAGGCUGAUCUUUUGCGCUGCCGGACUUCAGGCUUCCUAUCUAACAUGGGGGGUCCUUCAGGAAAGGGUGAUGACGCGUUCCUACGGAGCCGUGACUCCUGAAGAGGAGGGCGAGCGAUUCAAAGAUUCUCAGUUUUUAGUCUUCAUGAACCGCAUCCUGGCCUUGACUGUGUCAGGCAUCUGGUGCAUCCUGUUUAAGCAACCUCGCCACGGCGCGCCAAUGUACAAAUACUCCUUUGCCUCUCUCUCCAACAUCCUGAGCAGCUGGUGCCAGUACGAGGCCCUUAAGUACAUCAGCUUCCCCACUCAGGUCCUGGCCAAGGCCUCCAAAGUCAUUCCCGUCAUGCUCAUGGGAAAGCUCGUGUCUCGUAAAAGCUAUGAAUACUGGGAGUACUUCACAGCUGUGCUGAUCUCUGUUGGCGUUAGCAUGUUUCUGCUCACCAGUACAACCAACAAGCACCCGUCCACCGUCACCACCUUCAGCGGGGUCGUCAUUCUCGUCGGCUACAUCGUCUUUGACAGCUUCACCUCCAACUGGCAGGACAAUCUGUUCAAGUACAAGAUGUCGUCCGUGCAGAUGAUGUUUGGGGUCAACCUGUUCUCCUGUCUCUUCACUGUCGGCUCGCUGCUGGAGCAGGGUGCCUUCUUUGACUCGCUGGCCUUCAUGACGCGCCAUUCAGAGUUUGCCUUUCAUGCUGUGCUGCUCUCCGUUUGCUCGGCAUGCGGCCAGCUCUUCAUCUUCUACACCAUCAACCAGUUUGGCGCUGCCGUCUUCACCAUCAUCAUGACGUUGCGUCAAGCCAUCGCCAUUCUUCUGUCCUGUUUCCUUUAUGGCCAUGCCGUCAGUCCGAUCGGCGGCUUUGGCAUCGCUGUUGUUUUCCUAGCACUUUUCCUGCGGGUUUAUGCACGCAGUCGCAUGAAGUCGAGCCGGCAGUCCGGGUUGCCGCAGAAGGUGUAGCGCUCAAAGCCGCACCAAACGGGGAAGUAAAACCACGUUUUUUGUGGUGCUUUUGGGUUUUUUGGGUGAGUUUUUGUGUUCUUUUACGUUGUUAGCAUUGGUACAAAAAAGGGAUCCUGCAGUUUUGAGUCUUAUACCAAGAUGCCCCCAAGGGGUUCAGGUGACCUUUAAGGUCACAAACGUUAUGAGUGCCUGUAAGAUUGUCUUUAAACUGCCUCUUUAACUUUCAGUUUACCGGUUGUUUGGGUUUUUUCUAUGUUUUCCACCACAUGUGGCUUUUGCAGCCAGUUAAAUGUUACUGGGUGGCUAAGCGUUACAUUUUAAGCAUUCUACAUUUAUAAACAAAGUGAUCAGCUUACUUGUUUAUUUAUUUAAACUUGCGUUACGGUCUCGAUGGUCAGAUUUUUCCCGUACUCUGUUCUAAGGCAAUAUCGAUCUGUAAACACAAAACAUGAAUUUCAACUUUGUCAGCAGCUACCAUCCUGGUGGUUUAAAAAAGAAAACAUUAUUGGAAAUGUUUUUGUUGUUCAAACUUAACAUUUUAACCCAACAUCUCAGCACUAGACGUUGCUGGGAUUUCUCUUUUUGCGUCAUUUAACUUUUUUUUUUUCUCCUUUCAGUAAUUGGGUCAAAAAUAUUCUUGUGUAAAUAUAUCUUAUAUUUCAAACCGGUUGUAUUUGUAAAAAAGAAUGCUCUGUGUUUUUCAUGUGAAUGUUUGGAACAACACUGAAUGAAUUGUGUUAAUGCAUCAAUGCUGUCACACAAAUUAGAUAAAUAUGAGGCCUGGGGUGGAAGGGCAGAACUGAUUGCAUAAAAAUAAAAUGCAACAUUACUGGUACUGUUUAUUCCAUUUUACUUUUUUCUCUGGUAAAUUGAUUAAUAAUAAAAUGCAUUAAAUUAACUACACAAUA